AUGGGGCCAAGAAGACACACAGAAGCCUGGACCGUGUGGCCAUUCAAGCCACGGACGGGUCAGCCACACAUCUUCUCCCCCUUCCUGUGGACCCCUGUCCUCCUCCUGUUCAUGGGACCUGGAGCCUCUGGAGAGGACUCAGCUCAAAGACAGAGAGUGGCAGGAACGCCAGGGGGUUCGGCAACUUUCCGCCUCAACAUCUCGGUGGACACACAGAUUGAGAAUGUCGUCUGGAAUGGUCCUCAUGGUAGUCUUUGUUUGGCAUCAAAAGGAGAUGUUAACCUCAUGGACAAAAGCUACAAGGGCCGAAUAAAGAUCCUCCGCCCUGGCUAUUCCUUGUCUCUCUACAACCUGACCCUGAAAGAUGCAGGAUCCUACGAAGCCCAGAUCAACCGAGAUGAUUCUACAGUCACCACUUAUGAAGAAUUUACCCUAGGUAUCUACGAGCUGCUACGGGCGCCCCUAGUAACCCUGAAGUCUGUGGCUGUGUCUGAGGAUGCCUCAUGUACCAUCACUUUGAUCUGCUUUGUGCAAGGGGAAGGGAAAGACAUUGACUACAGCUGGACCCCUGUGGGCCCCCAUGAUUCUGAAUCCUCCAUGAGUUCCACUCUCACCAUCUCCUGGGUACCCUGUGGCCAAGACCAGCACAGGUCCUAUACCUGCACAGUCCGGAACCCAGUCAGCAAGAGAAGCUCCGACCCUGUCUUUGCCCGGCAGUUCUGUACAGAUGUAGGAGGACCAGUGGAGGAGACAGUGGGACUCCUGGGGGAGUCCAUCAUCCUGCCCCUAUCACUCCCAGCCAGUCAGGACAUAAAGAGAGUUCUCUGGAUUUUUAACACGUCUGUUAUCAGCACAUGGGGAGAAAUAGCCACAGUCGACCCCGACACUCAGUCCAAGGUUCCUGACAAGAAUGAGGUAAGUGUCUCCGACCAGGAUCACUCCCUCGAGAUUAAGCAACUGAGGAUGGAGGAUGCCGGCCACUAUCACGCCUACGUGUGCUCAAAGGACUCCAGAGUCACCAGUACAAAGCAUGUCACCCUGCUCGUCUAUGGGAGGCUGAGGAAGCCAAAAGUCACCCAUAACCAGACAAUCACAGAGAAUGGCUCCUGCACGGUCCAGCUGGCGUGCUCAGUGGAGGACAAUGCACCCAAUGUGAAAUACCGCUGGACCUCGUCUCUGCAGAAAGGAACUGUCCACGAGGGAUCGAACUUCCAGGCUUCCUGGAGGCUUGGGGAAAAAUCAUCCCAUCUUCAACUGCAUGGCCAGCAACCCUGUCAGCAACAGCUCCCAGAUGUUCAGCCUCAGUCUCCGCCCUCAGCCAAGGGAGGGCUUCAGCUGUCCCACCAGCCCAUGGAAGAGCGAGACACCAGCUCCAUUUAG